UUUUGGUAUUGCGACGUGGGCACUGCAUCUGCUAUCACGCCCUGCUGAGAUGUAUUUAGGAUAGGUUUACCGUUGGCACCCGAGGUCCGGACAUUACCAUCCACCAGCAGCCUAAGCUAUUAAAAACCCAUAUCCUGAUUUAGAAAUAUACUAGCCAUGAGUGAGGGAACCAGCGUGAUUACCACUCUAAUAGGAGGGGACUCAAGUUCCAAUAAAUGGCAGACUAUCAUCGCCCUCCUAGCCAGCUCGGUGGGCUUCAUCGUCGCCGUCGUGAAUUCCAUAGCGGCUUACCUCCGAGACAAGAAGCACAUGGAGGAGCUAGCAGCGCAGGAGCGCCGGUUUGAGGCAUUCAAGAAAGAACUCGAGGACAAGCAGCGGCGACUGGUGCGGUUUGAGAACGUGCAGGAGCUUAUGAAGCAGUACAAGAAGCCGCUGCUGCAGUCCGCGUUUGACCUGCAGUCUCGCCUAGCCAACCAGAUACGGUCAAACUUCCUUUACCAGUUUGCCAACAAGGGCAAUCAGCGAGACCGAGAGUACGCACGUCUCAACAUGGCGUAUGUCAUUGCAGAGUUCCUGGGAUGGCUGGAGGUCAUCCGCCAGGAAAUUGUGUUUAUCGUGGGCGAGGGCAACCGGACCUCCGACCUGAACCUGGUGCUUGACGCAAUCAAGUUCCAAUUCACCGGCGAGACCCCUGUGCAGGGCCACGGCAACCCCAACGAUCCGGAUAGCGACAGGCACUGGCAGAUCCUGCAGCUGUAUGCAGGCGAACUCCGUGCUAUCGGUGAGGUGAUGAUCAUGGAACGCACCAGCGACCAAGACAGCACCACAUCAGACCUGGCUGUCAUUGGGUAUGCGGAAUUCGUGCGGCGGUGCAAUUCGGAGCCGCCCAGCGAGCAGGGCACCCCGGAGGAGUGGGCGGAGUGGAGGAACAGCAAGGACAAGCUGCAGCAGGAAACGCUGUCACCCCUAAUGGAGCACGUGGAUCAACUGAUGAGCUUGGACAACGACUCGGCGCCCCGGCGGCGGAUGACCAUCCUGCAGGUGCUGCUGUGCAAGCUUAUCGAUGUGUUGGACGAUGCCAUGCCGUACGAAGUGGGCCCCGAGUACGACCUGAAGAACGGCGAGGAGCCGCGCUACAUUCCCCGCGAUUUCCGGCUGACCCCGCUUGUGAGCUGGCUGACGCGGCCGCAGCUCAAAUGGCUGUCCUCGCAGCGCUUCAUGGAGCGGAUACACACUGUGGACCGACUGUCUUGGGCGGCAUGGCACGCUCGAGUGUGUGAUCUGCCACCGGAGGACCAGGACAUCUACUUCAGGGUGGCCUUCCCGGGCUUCCGGGAGGACAAGCACCGGGAGCCGAGGAGCGGUGCGCCGCUGCCGCAGCUGGAGCGAGAGAAGCAGCUGGGCAAGGAUGCCUUCCCGGGCUGCUUCCCUCCCCGCGAGCCCCGCGCCCGCCCCCAGUGGUGGUGGGCCGCCCUCACGCCGCAAGAGCAGGAGCGCUGGUACACGGAGGCGGCCUCCAGAGGCCGACCGCCGGCGGGGGCACCACCCAUGCGCAAGUCAGCGGUCGUGACGCCCCGCGCCGCUGGCGCUCCCGCCAUGCCCCCACCACCUCCCGACUCGGGCUCCAGCUGGCCAUUCUCCGCGCUGCGCAGCCGGCGCCCCUCGCCCGGCACCGUACAGCCCGAGAAGUCCGCGUACGGCGGCGGCGCGUAUACGACACCUGCCGUACUGACGGCGCCGGUAUCACAGCAUCAACUGCGCUCGGCAGGCUCCAGCUCAGCUUCGCCGAACACGUCGAAAGUAGGCUCUAGAGCCGUAACCCCGGUGCAAGUGAAUCCCCGGACCUCAGCCGGGUUAUAGGAAAGGGCUGCCAUGUGUCAACAAAUCUGGUCGCGAGUCGGAAACGUGCUGUGAUUGCCGUGCUGGCUCCCGUGGGUAUGCAUACGUGCGUAGUGGGUUAGGGAUGGGGGGAGCGGUGGCUAGCUGUACGGUGGCUGAGGGAGCUGGGGAGCAGGAGGAGGAGAGUGGGGUGUUGCAUUGCUAGCGAGUAGAAACGAAGUGCCGGUGGCGGUUGUAUUUGUGAUGUUACGAGGCAGGUAUCCGAGCACAGCGGUGUAUGACACCCACGCGACUCUAGGCAUGUGGUUGUGCAGGGUUUGGGGGUUUUACUGACAUGUACUGUGUUUGCAUGCGUGAGCUUUUACCGCAGGUGUCCAAAAAUGGUUUGGGAGGUUAAGAGAGGUGACGGCAGGGGAAGAACAACGCAUAGGAUGCAUGCGCUUACGGUAUAAGGACAGGACUUUCUAGCACACGGAGCUCUUGUUGACUAGUACACAACCUGUACGGCAAGCAAUAAUGGACUUGUGUUUAUUUCAACAGUGAUCUGCGCGCAGUGAUCUGAAUGUACGGGUGCUGUCGAGAUGUAUCCAGCUCCUCGGUGACCCCUUUUGCACAGUGUGAAGGCGUAAUACGGCAUUAGUUUCGUCGUUGUGGACAUUGUUGGUUUGGGAUGGCAUUAGUAUGACCUUUCCACCUUUGCAAGGGUUUGCGCGUUACCCAGCCCUGACGACCCCCUCUUGUAUGCUGUGGUCAGGGUUCGCUUGGAAGGUGGGCAGGAAGUUGAAACGACACAUUAGGGAAGCCGUUCUGUCAUUUCGUGCGCUUGGGGUAUGGUGCCGCUAUUUGUAUAAGCUAUGCUACAUAAGGCGUCCAGUGACCUGGUCACCCGGAUAUGCCCCCGAGACCACUGUGUACGUCUUACGUAGCAACUGGCGGGUUCUGCAAAACUGGAGGCACUGAAACGGAAUUUCUUGUGUACAUAGUUGUAUCUGGUCCUAGUAUUGUAGUUGGACUAAACCUGCGCUGUAAUGUUCUUUAGGCGCGAGUUUGAACCACUUUAUGCUCUUUAAUGCAACAUAGCCACUUUGGCUCACCCCUAGCUUAGUAUAAUAACAACAUAACCGGUUAGUCUUAGUCCCUGCAUCUAGGUGUUCCGACCAUCGCCGCAAUGUCGUCUCCGCGUCACCGCGCCCGCACGGAUGCUGCUCGCGGGCCAGCUCAUCGUCUGCAAGCAAUUGCCGCGAAGCUCCUGACGGACCCAUGCAAGCAGCAAAUUUCCUCCGACCUGCUCCUCGAUGCCGCAGAUGCUGCCAUGCAGCUUAUUACUAACCAGAUGGUUGUGUACCUAGCUACGAUGCCAGAAGCAGUAUGCCGCACACCGGAAUGGCUUGCGCUGCUGCAGCUCCUAUGGGUGCCUCGCGGAAGCCGCGCAGCGCUGCUGCUACUGUACCGAACCUGCCUGCGCGCUCUUGCCGACCCCAACGCAAGCACAGUUCCAGCGAAGCAGGAAUCCAUGGUAACGCUGAUAAUCAACCUCGGCGCGACCCUACGCGUUCUGUUUCUUGUCCCUCACGAGGCGACUGGGGUGCCAGAAGACGUCCAGAACGCGGCCUUUGCAACGGCCUCCUUGGCCCUGCGUCUGGACAUCCUGCCGGCCUGCGGCGCAUUGCUGGCUGCUGCCCGGUCCGGAACCGUAUCCACGCUGCCGGAUACGGCAGCGCAGGCAACCCAUGACACCUUGAUGUGCUUUCCUUCUGCCCUCUCCCUAAUCCGCGAACCCAGAUGCGGGCGGAGGGUGCAGCUCCUUGCAAAGGACAUCCUGCAGCGCCUCACCCGUAACGGACUCUGGGAGUUUCUGAUUUCCGAACUGCUCGGAAUUGCAAAAACGCGAUCGCAGAGGUGCCUUUCGUUUCAAACAAGCUCGUCAAGCGGACCUGGUUCCGGUGCCAGCGGCAGCAGCAGCAACGUCAAGAAGCGCAACCGCAGCAGCAAGCGCAGCAACCCUGGGCUUCGCCCCGGCAGGAUGAGUGUUGCGCUGUCCCUGGAGGCAACCCUAUCCGUGAUCUUGUCUAACUUCAUCGCCAGCCUUUUAUUGCGAUUAGACGCCGAGGAAGAUGUAGAAGAAGAGCAACGACGCCUGCAGUUAGAGACUACGUCCAGCUGCAAACGCCAAGCGGGCCGGAAAAGUGUGUCGGCAGCGGACAACACCACCCUGUUCCCCGCCAGCUUUCUCCGGUCCAGCCUCCGCACAUUGCUGUCGGGCCGCUGCAUGCAGUACGCCCUGGCGGCUCAUGCCGUAGCGCAGCUAGCGGCGGCGGACGGCGGUACGACAUACGGCCUGACAGAGGAGCAGAUCCUGCCGCCGCUGCUCAUUGGUUCCUCUGACGACUCCACCGCGGCUAUUGAGCCGCAGGACCUCCUGAGGACGCAUGCAGUGCAGCUGCAGGUGCAGUCGCGAACACGCAGCGACGGCGGACGGAUCUUGAGCGCGAUGGGGCUCAUGUCCGUGGCGCACUUUUGGGGCUGGUGCCUGCUGCAGUCGCCGCCAGUGCCGCUGGUGUUGUACGGCCGGGCUGCCGUACAAGAGCUGUGCUUGCGGAUGGUACGACUGGCGACGCGGUCGGCGGCGGAGCAUGCGGCGCUGAGGCGCCGGCAUGGGCGAGGGGCUGCUGCUGCUGCCAGUCGUCAAGGAGGAGGUGGAUGCUGCGCCGGCAGCAAUGCUGGCGGAGGUGGCGGCGGCGGUCGGGAUGCAGCACAGCAGCAGGAGCAGCAGCAGCACCAGUCGUUGUCGUUGUUGUUGCAGGAGGACAUGUGUUCAGCGGUGUCACUGCAUGCACUGCGAUGUGCGAACCUGAUUAUGCGGCCAAAGAGGUUCCCAAGCGACGAGGGGAGGGGUUCCGACGCCGCCGCCUCUGCUGCCAUGUCCGAAUGGUGGGGCGCGGUGGUGCCGGCGUUCAACAUGCUGCUGAAGCAGGCGGAGGAGGGAAUCGGUGCCAUCCGCCUUCCGGUAUCUGAGGAUGCGGGCCUGCUUCUGAGCUUGGACCUGGGAAACACGCAAGGCGUCGAGCUGCCCCCAACGCCGCCGCCCGACCUUGCUGCCGCAAUUGCCGCCGGCCUCAUCCCCAUGUUGGAGCGCUUCUACCGGGUCCACGUGCGGGCCGCAGCGGUAUGCAAGUCCACCACAAGCCUGCUGAUCUGGCGCCUGACGGGUCGGCUGCUCUCGUACGGCAAGCCGCAUGAGGCGACGGCGCUCAUCACCACGAUCUCCAAGAUGCUCAGGGUGCUAUCCGGCGGCGUGGGUCCGUCGGACACUGCCCAGGCGCCGCCUAGGGACGGCGCGUUCUGGGGCAACCUUGGGCGGAUGCUGUACGAUGCGAGCGAGUGGCUGUGCACGUGUCCCACACUUCGCCGACUGGUGGACAGCUUGGGUGAGGAGGUGCUGCUUGAACGAGGCGGCAGGGAUGGCAGCAACGGCGGCGGCGAGGGUGAGGACAGUGCGCUCACGCCGGCGCUGCAGGUUGUCGGGUUGCUGUCCCGGGCGUUGCGGGAGUGGCUGCCGGCCGCGGCGCGAGUGGCGGUGUGCAAGGAGCCCUUCAGGAGCAGCAGCAGCCGCAGCUGGGAUGCGGCGACGGAGGCUGCUGCGCGGGAGCAGCUGACGUGGCUCCGAUGCGGCGUGGUGGUCAUGCUGCCGGCGCUGGUGCAUGCGGCCGUUCCGGAGGGGACGACGGUAGAGGUGGCGAGUAUGGCUGCCAGGUGGCGGCAGCUGCUGCUGCAAGACAUGCAGGUGAUGCGGCUGCUGGGGGUGACGGUACGGCAGCUGCUGACGACGCCGGAAGAUGCCGCAACUGACGAUGUGUACAAGACCGUGCAAGCUCGGUUACUGCAGGACGCCUGCGAGGCUCUAGAGUGCCUGGUGCUGGCAUUCCCCAAUGAGGUGGCGGCGGCGCUUCGAGACGAGACGUUGCCGUCCGAGCUCAUAGACGGGCAGAAGCUCAUGUCCUGCCGUACACGCGGCGUGGCAGGCGUGCCGCUAGACCUCGGCCUGCGACUUAGAUUGACCCAGCGGCUGCACAUGGUUUUGGCGGUGUCGGGGCCUUUGAAGGGCCGCUGCACUGACGGGGUUUCCGACGUCAUCUACCCCAACGGCUUGCCCAGCAGCAGCAUGGGGGCGCUGCUGGCGGAGGUGGAGUCCAGGGAGGGGUUCAGGCGGCUGCUGGGACCGCUGUCGUACAGCGGCUGCGGCAACCCGGCGUGUGUGAACGUGUCGGGAGGGAGUGAGGGGGAGCUGCCGCGGCGGGCGUGUGGGCGGUGCGGGGCGGUGAGCUACUGUGGGCCGGAGUGUCAGCGAGCGCACUGGCGGGCGGGGCAUAAGGACGUGUGCAAGGAGCGGGCGGGACGGCAGGGGGAGUGAGCUUGGAGAGGUGAGGGAAACCGGCAAUCGGGGUGAUUGGUGUACAUAGGAGGGUGGGAGAGCGUGAGGUAAGCGUGGAAGUUAGGGUUACAGGUUGAAUUAGCUUGUUGAGGCAAUGGUCGAUUGAUUUCAGGGACGUGAGGUGGUUAGGAAGCGGAAGUUACACUGGAGGACAGUAGCUGAGACCAGUAGCUGAGGUGGUUAGGAAGCGGUUAGGAAGCGGAAGUUACACGGGAGGACAGUAGCUGAGACCAUCGUCAGACGUACAUUCUAACAGGGCGUCGCUCAUAAGCAUUUGACGCAGCCCGAGCGCCUGGCAAUGAAAAUGCGGGUGCAUUAGGUACGGAACGUGAUCACCUGUGGUAAGCACAAAAUCGCUGCGCCGAAGGACGCUGGAAGACGGAGGGACCACGCUAGCUCGCGUUAGUGUACGUCAGAGCUCGUAAACUUUUAAC